AACGCUGGGAAACCAGUAAAUAAAAACUGGAAAGAGUUUCGAGACACGAAAUUAGAGAUAAAAGUUGAUCCUGAUAAUAAUUUAGAGGUUAUAACCACUAUAGACCCUAAUUCGUUACUAAACUUAGAUAAUAUCUAUUCAUGCUCACAGACAGUAAAGAUUGAGAGAAUCAAGAAUGAAGCUGACCAAGAUAACACAAUGGAUGAUGAAGGUUUUAAUACUUCCGAUAGCGAUUUACCACUCUGUAGUAGCGUGAAAAAGAAGAAAAUGAAGAAAAAACAAAAAAUAAAAUAUGAUUCAGAAAUAUCUACUGAGGAUUUGCUAAAAAACGAAACGGAAGCAAUACCAAUAGAUAUAUCAACGUUAACAACUACUUGGGAUGAAUAUUCGUGUCGUUGUGCAAAGUGCGAUGCAUUGUUUAAAAAUGUAACAUCACUACGAUUGCAUUCUGUCCAAAUUCAUUCUUCGUGCUCAGUAUUUAAAUGUGCAGAAUGUGGUAAAGUAUUUGCCAAUUACAAAUCAUUUAUAAACCAUGCUCGUAAACAUAAAAAAUGUCUCCGAUAUUGCUGCGAAUACUGCAACAAACAAUUUGCUUAUAUAAAAAAACAUAUAAAUUCAAGUCACGGUGAUAUUUGCCUAAAUACCUGCCAAAACUGUGGAGCAAUGUUCGAAAAUGAAGAACUGCUACAAGACCAUCUAAUUUUCUAUGGUAAACGUUACAAAAAGACUCGACAAAGAUCAAAAGAAUACGAUUUAAAAUGUCAAGACUGCAAUAAAGAGUUUAAAUCACGUAGUAACCUGCAACAGCAUCGUUUAGUGCACACAGAACGUAGCCGGGAGUUCUCCUGCCAUGUCUGUGGCAAAAUGUUUUUCACAAAAGGAACAUUAGGCACACACAUGAACACUCACGAAGACAUGAAGCCGUUCAAAUGCGAAUUCUGUCCCAUGGCGUUCCGUGCUCGUGGAAACCUACAAUCUCAUAUUAGUCUGCACUCCGGCGCUAAACCGUUUGUAUGUGAACAAUGUGGUAAAUCAUUCCGCGUUAAGCGUCAUCUGAAAUCUCAUUCUAUAGUUCACACGGACUUAAUGCCAUAUAUAUGUGAGUACUGUAAUAAACCUUUCCGUUUCAAAACAAGACUUAAUCUGCAUUUAAGACAGCAUACAGGAGCGAAGCCGUAUACAUGUGUAUAUUGCCAUAGAGAUUUCACAAAUGGAUCCAAUUACAAGAAGCACAUGAAAAGAAGACAUAACAUUGAUACGUCCAGAAAGAGGUAUAAUGUUAUCCACAAUCAGAAUAUUGAGGGUGAGAUUAGUUCUGUACAGAGUUAGGUUUAAUAUUUUAAAUCAGGGUUCGAAUUGAUAAUUAUCAUUGAUAAUGAUCAUGAUAAAUAUAAAAUUAAUUGGAACAAGAUGCCACUGCUAGCCAAUGUACGGUACGUGUUUGUAUCUGAGACGUAUCUAUCCAAAUGUGUCAAAUGUCAAUCUCGAAAAGUCUUUGUCCCAAAGAUUCUGCUUUGUGUUUAUUUAAAAUUAAAGAGACAAAACAAUCAGCAAGGAUAAUUACUGAAUAUAUGUAUAUCAGAUUACUAUCAAAGAAAAUAAAC